AUUUAGUAAGUAACUACUAAAGUUUCCUUGUAAGUUAUUUCUUUCCAAUUUUCUGGGCAAAGAGAAGCAAUUAAGCAAAGGUAAUUUAAGAACUCUGAAAAAAGGAAAUAAGAAAACUGAAAAUUCUCAAAUAGAGAAAAGAAAUGAAAACCCAAGUAAGCUAAAGAAACAAUUCAGAACUCUUUCUCUUCUUUUAUCCUUCAAAAACCUUCAAAUUCCCUUCAUCAAACCUUUCAAUUCAAAAAACCAAAUCCCAUUUUUAAUUACCUCUUAUCUCAAAAACCCAGUAAUUCUAUUCCCCCCAAAAGCCCACUUUUGCAUGCUUUUUUUAGCUCAUUUCCCGGGUAAAAAUCUAAACUUUCAUAGCUAAUUCCGGUUUGAAAGGUUAAUCGAGUCAGACUCGAAGUGGGUUUUUGAUUUUGAAGCUUGAUUUUUUAGUUUUUGAAAAAAAAUUGAAAUAAGGAAAAUGAGUGCUCAGAAGAAAAAAGCGUUUCAAAUAGAAGCGUUUAAGCAUAGGGUGGUUUUUGAUCCAAACUAUGCGGAGAAGACGUGGAAGGUUCUGGAACAUGCGAUUCGUGAAAUUUAUAAUCAUAAUGCGAGUGGACUUAGCUUUGAAGAGCUUUACAGGAAUGCUUACAAUAUGGUUCUGCAAAAAUUUGGGGAGAAGCUGUACUCUGGAGUUGUCACAACUAUGACUUCUCAUCUAAAGGAGAUAUGUAGUUCAAUUGAGGCUGCUCAGGGAGGAUUAUUUCUGGAAGAACUCAACAAAAAAUGGGCAGAGCAUAACAAGGCAUUGCAAAUGAUUCGAGAUAUAUUGAUGUACAUGGAUAGGACUUUCAUCCCAAACACCCAUAAAACCCCAGUUCAUGAGCUUGGGUUAAAUUUAUGGAGGGAUGUUGUCAUCCAUUCCUACAAAAUCCAGUCCAGGCUUAAGGAUACACUUCUUGAAAAUGUUAGGAGAGAGAGGAGUGGUGAAGUCAUAGACAGGGGUUUAAUGAGAAGUAUCACAAAGAUGCUAAUGGAUCUAGGUCCUUCUGUAUACCAGGAUGAUUUUGAGAAGCAUUUUCUUGAGGCUUCAGCUGUUUUUUACCGUCUGGAGUCUCAAGAAUUCAUAGAGUCUUGUGAUUUUGGGGAGUACUUAAAGAAAGCUGAGAGACGUCUUAAUGAAGAAAUAGAGAGAGUUUCUCAUUACUUGGAUGUGAGAAGUGAAGUCAAAAUAACGAAUGUGGUAGAAAAGGAGAUGAUUGAAAGUCAUAUGCACAGGCUUGUGCAAAUGGAGAAUUCAAGCUUGGUUAAUAUGAUUGUUGAUGACAAACAUGAGGACCUAGGAAGGAUGUAUUGCUUGUUUCGCCGAGUACCCAAUGGGCUUGUUUUAAUCAGAGAUGUUAUGACUUCAUACAUUCGUGAAACUGGUAAGCAGCUAGUUACUGAUCCAGAAAGGCUAAAGGAUCCUGUGGAUUUUGUGCAACUUCUGUUGGAUUUAAAGGAUAAACAUGACAGAAUUAUUUCUUCAGCAUUUAGCAAUGACAAGACUUUUCAAAAUGCAUUAAAUUCCACUUUUGAAUAUUUUAUCAAUCUGAAUUCUCGGUCUCCAGAAUUCAUCUCUUUGUUUGUAGAUGACAAGCUUCGAAAAGGUUUGAGGGGGGUUACUGAAGAGGAUGUGGAGUUGGUACUUGACAAGGUGAUGAUGCUCUUCCGUUACCUUCAAGAAAAAGAUAUUUUUGAAAAGUAUUACAAGCAACACUUGGCCAAAAGACUUCUUUCAGGGAAGACUGUCUCUGAUGAUGCAGAAAGAAGUUUGAUUGUUAAGCUCAAAACUGAGUGUGGGAAUCAAUUUACUUCAAAAUUGGAGGGUAUGUUCACAGACAUGAAGACAUCACAGGAUACAAUGCAAGGUUUCCAUGCAUGUCAUGGUUCAGAUAUAGGAGAUGGCCCCACGCUUUCUGUCCAAGUCCUUACUACUGGAUCUUGGCCAACUCAACCCAUUACUACAUGCAACCUUCCUGUUGAAAUUCUUGGCAUAUGUGAGAAGUUCCGUAAUUAUUACCUUGGAACCCAUACUGGACGGAGAUUGUCCUGGCAAACAAACAUGGGCACAGCUGAUUUGAAGGCAACCUUUGGUAAGGGUCAGAAGCAUGAACUGAAUGUUUCCACAUACCAGAUGUGUGUCCUUAUGCUCUUCAAUAGUGCUGAUCGACUAAGCUAUAAGGAGACCGAGCAGGCCACAGCGAUACCAGCCUCAGAUUUGAAGAGGUGCUUGCAGUCUCUUGCCUGUGUUAAGGGAAAAAAUGUGCUGCAGAAGGAACCUAUGAGCAAGGACAUUGCUGACACUGAUACCUUUCUUUUCAAUGACAAGUUUACAAGCAAAUUCUUCAAGGUCAAGAUAGGCACUGUGGUUGCUCAAAGGGAGUCUGAACCUGAAAAUCAAGAAACUAGGCAGAGAGUGGAGGACGAUAGGAAACCACAGAUUGAGGCAGCAAUAGUGAGGAUCAUGAAAGCUAGGCGUGUGCUGGAUCAUAAUAACAUAGUUGCCGAGGUCACAAAACAACUACAGUCACGAUUUCUGCCCCACCCUGUUGUAGUUAAAAGGCGAAUAGAGUCCCUUAUUGAGCGGGAGUUUUUAGAGAGGGAUAAAGGUGACAGGAAAUUGUAUCGCUACCUUGCUUAAAAAGAAUGUGUGAUUGUCUUCUCUUGUCAGGGUUUUUGUAACCUUCUAUUUGUCUUGCUUUGAUAUCAGGCCUGCUUGCCUAGGUCCGUGUAAAUCUUGCCUACAUUUUAUAAGUUGACAAGUUGUUUCUUGAA